GGAUAGGAGAAACCCCCAUUAGACAACCACCGUUUAUCGGUUUGAAUUUGCCUGAGAAAGGCAUUACACUACUAUAGGUGAGGCAAGUGACUACCAUCGCUACUCGUACUACUCGGUUUAUGCCCAAGACCAUGGCUUGUGUGGCAAAUUUUAAUGGAGCUUGUGAGGUCAUACCCACCAGACCCAAGACGUUUGGCGACUUGAGUAGAAGAAGAACAACAGUUGUUGGAUUUGCAUGCAAGAACACAGAGGAAUCUCAAAGACUUCCACUACAGACUACAAGAAGGAUUGCUAUAGGACUUCCUGCGAUUGCUCUUUCUUUUCCAUUCAGUUCUGGGGCUUCUCUUGCCGAGGAUAAUGGAUUCUGGCUCACUGGCCCUAUCCCUGUCCCUCCUGUCUUCAACAAGAUAGCAAAUGAAGAAACUGGGACUCGCUCAUUUCUCAAGAAGGGAAUUUAUAUAGCUAAUGUGGGGCCAAAAGGGAGUGCUUACAGGCUAAGGAAAUAUGCCUUUGAUCUGAUGGCGUUAGGGGAUUUGAUAGGAAAAGAUGCAUGGAGUUAUAUAAGGAAGUAUCUGCGGCUGAAGUCCACUAUCAUGUACUACGAUUUUGACACUGUUAUCUCUGCAGCUCCAGCUAACGAUAAACAACCUCUAAUUGGUUUGGCCAACAAAUUGUUCGAUAGUGUGGAAAAGCUUGAAGAUGCAGUGAAGAUGCAAAACCUACCUCAAACACAAUCAUGUUAUCAGGAUACCACUGCUCUUCUCCAAGAGGUUAUGAACCAAAUGGCAUAAUAACUAUUUUGAUUUCAAGUAUUCAGGUCAGUGCAAGGAAUUAGGAAGGAAGGACUCCAAUACCAAAAUCACUGUCAUUCAUGACAAAAUAUAUCUUGUAUUUGCUCUAUAAAGCUCAGCAAUUAGAAGAUCAGAAGAUUCAUUGCUACAUAUCAAAAUAUCAAUGCAUUUUAGAGCCAUGAUUGAGAGUGAGUCUAAUGGGGGCUAUUUUCUAUCUAA